CUCGACUGCCGUGCCCGCAUAAAAAAUGCUGGCUAGAUUUUACAUUUUAACCAAAUCAGAAAAUCAAACAAAACAGAUCACGCGAUGAUUAAUAAUCUCUCAAGGUGACGUUUGUUUGACUUUGACGACCCAUGCUUUGCCUGAGAUCUGCAAGCAUGAGCGCGGAGAAAUCGCUCCGUCGCUUGCGGCACAUCCGCGGGGUUUUCGCCGGGUACGGCGCCGGGUGCACCCCGCGGCUGACCCCCGCACUGUGUGCCAACUACUCUUCCGAUGGUCAAGUGUCUAUCGGUGAUGUGACUAAAACGAUCAAGACACCAGCCAAUCCUGAACUGGUUCCCAUCAAAUACUUGUCUGACAAUCCACCACAGUCUGUGAUGCGUCAUCUAAGAUGGGUCAUGCAGAAGGAUGCCCUUGGUCAAGACGUCUUCCUGAUUGGUCCACCUGGUCCUUUGCGAAGAGCUUUGGCGAUGCAAUACCUCGAAUUGACAAAGCGAGAAGUGGAGUAUCUAGCACUGACGAGAGAUACGACAGAAUCCGACCUGAAACAACGCAGGGAGAUUAAAGAAGGGACUGCCUUCUAUAUUGACCAGUGUGCAGUGCGAGCAGCAACUCAGGGACGCAUCUUGGUGAUCGACGGUGUGGAGAAAGCAGAGAGGAACGUCUUACCCGUACUGAACAAUCUCCUGGAGAACAGAGAGAUGCAGCUGGAGGACGGACGCUUCCUUGUGGCGGCCGAGAGAUACGACAAACUCCUUAAGGAUCACACCCAAGAGGAGCUGGAUACGUGGCGGCUCGUCCGUGUCAGUGAAGACUUCAGGGUCAUCGCCCUGGGGCUCCCCGUACCCCGUUACCGUGGCAACCCGUUGGAUCCUCCCCUACGUUCUCGGUUCCAGGCCAGGGAUAUUAACCCGCUUCCAUUCAAGGACCAGUUGGAUGUUCUGAACUCCCUAGGAGCCAACCUUCCCUCGGACAAAGUGUCUCAGAUGUUGUCUUUUGCAACGGCUCUCCGUAGCCCAGAGCUGGCCUCACUGAGUCUUCCGGACUUCCCCCUCGAGAAUCUCGCUAGCAUCGUCCAAAUCUUGAAUUCCGUUUCCAAUGCCUCGCCUCAGAAGUUACUCUAUCACCUUUACCCUUAUGCUGUGUUCCUCCCCAAGGAGGGGAGGAGUGUGGUGGUAGAUGCCUUGAAGCGAUUUGAAUUACUAGAAGACAAGUACGGAAACGUGAAGACCCAUCGAGUGGUUUCAGUCCAACCGACCAGUCACGAUGCAGCUCCCGUGGCAAUAGUUACCAUGGGAAGCAACGGAGAAAGCUCCCAGUUACAGGUACCCAUCGGAACUACCACCCCGCUGCCACAUAAUGAGCAUCAGCGGUUUAUCACCACACCGUCACACGAGGGCCUCCUUGCCGACAUGCUUCUGUCUCACUCAGUACAAGAUUUCUGUAUCAUUGGGCAAAAGGGGUGUGGCAAGAGUGUUUUGAUGAGGAAGUUUGCUGACAUCUUGGGGUACAGGGUGGAACCAGUCAUGCUUUAUCAGGAUAUGACCUCCCGUGACCUUUUACAACAACGUGGGACCCUCCCUAAUGGUGACACAACAUGGCGACUUGCACCUCUCAUCACAGCGGCUCUAGAGGGCAGUAUAGCAUUGCUGGAUGGUCUGCACAGAGUCAAUCCAAGUACACUGGCUGUACUGCACAGGUUGGUCCACGACCGCGAUAUCAGUUUAUUUGAUGGCACCAGACUACUGAAGGAUGACAGGUACCAGACCUUGAAGCAACAAACCGGAUUAACUGACGAACAAAUGAAAGACAGGUCCAUCUUUCCAAUCCAUCCUUCCUUUCGUGUGGUGGCCCUCGCCGAACCCCCAGUCAUAGGGAGUAGCACCCAACAAUGGCUCAACCCUGAACUCCUCACGCUCUUCUUGUAUCACCACUUACGCCCUCUGUCGUUUGCUGAAGAGAUGGACGUGAUACAGGGAAUGGUUCCCAACACUCACUCAAGCACCCUGGAGCCUCUGCUUAAGGUGACCCACUUCUUAAGAAGCUCUGGAGAUACCACACUGCAAUCUUUAGCGUCAUCCCUGUCCACUCGUAACUUGCUUCGGAUCGCUCGGCGGUUGACUAACUACCCGGACGAGGGGUUGCAUGAAGCCAUCAAUAAAGCUUGUCUCUCAAGGUUCCUACCGCCGCAAGCUCGACAGGCAUUAGAUAAAGCACUGAGGGAUUGUGGGAUACAUGCCCAACAAGCAGCUGACGAUGUGGAUGUGGAAAGAGCUCUUUCUUGUGAGGUUCGGAAUGGGAAGUUACGUAUUGGAGAUACAGAGAUGGCGGUAUUCAACCCAGAGAACAUGAUGAUGGUACCGGACACUCUCUUUUAUGAGAAUGCACAGCAUCUGAACAUUAUGGCGGCCAUGUUGAAAGACUUCAUUCUCGGUGAGCAUCUCUUGUUGGUUGGUAACCAAGGCGUCGGUAAGAACAAGAUAGUUGAUCGUUUCUUGCAUCUGCUCAACAAACCACGCCAAUAUGUGCAACUUCAUCGAGAUACAACUGUCCAGUCACUCACCCUGCAGCCAAAUGUUCAGGACGGUAUUAUCAUUUAUGAAGAUUCUCCACUGGUGCGCGCUGUGAAGCAAGGACAGGUGCUGAUCAUUGAUGAAGCAGACAAGGCUCCUACUAAUGUGACUUGUAUUUUGAAGUCUUUAGUGGAGAGCGGGGAGAUGGUCCUAGCAGAUGGCAGGAAGAUUUUAGCAGAUGGAGCCCAGUCCUCAUCUUCCAGUAACACCAUAGUGACUCAUCCUGACUUCAGAAUGAUAGUCUUAGCCAACCGACCCGGCUUUCCAUUCCUUGGUAACGACUUCUUCGGAUCCUUAGGUGAUGUAUUCAGUUGUCACGCCGUUGACAACCCAAGCAUAGAAUCGGAAAUGACGAUGUUACGCAAGUACGGUCCAGAUGUACCAGAGUCUACUUUACAGAAGCUAGUGUCGGCAUUCGGAGAGCUGCGUGAGAUGGCCGAUCAGGGCCUCAUUACGUAUCCCUACUCAACUAGAGAAGUCGUCAACAUGGUCAAACAUCUGCAGAAAUUCCCAAACGAGGGGCUAGCCAGUGUGGUGAACAACGUCUUUGAUUUUGACGCUUAUAACAAGGAGAUGAGGGAGCAAGUUAUACAAGCUCUUCACAAACAUGGCAUACCCAUCGGAGCAAACCCAGGAAACGUUCAGCUCGCCAAAGAAUUUUCUCUGCCACCUGCUCAGCUGACCAGUCAGUGGCACUAUGGAGGUCAGGGGUCAAGUCAUCGUAAAAUGCUGUGCCCAGUUGAUGAAAAGAAACUCAGAGUAAAGGGACCUGUUCAUCUGAAUGUGAGGGAGUACCCUUUGGAUCGAGUAGAGGAAAGAUCUCUAGGUUUCUCUGAGCUUGUUUCUUCAUGGCAACUUCCUCUGAGUGAGACCAACAGAGUUUGUGAUGUGGUUGGUUCGCAGUAUUCUACAUCAGGACCAAUUCAUGUGUUGACAUCGAACCCCAUCUGCCUGUAUAGCAUGAAACCACACGCAAAAUCAAUACAGUUCUUGGAUUUGUAUGACAUCUUCCCCGGGCUCGGUCCGAAACCAAUCGCCAUAGCAACACUGGGUGAACAGCUGGCUGGUAAAGUCAUACUUCAUGAACAGAUUAACAAUAACAUCCUUCUGAUCAACACCAAGAGCGGCGUGACCUCAAGACUUUUUCUGACCUCACCCUUGGAAACAGCAAAGGAGAUCAUAGGUCGCAAACUUAGCAGCAGUGAGGUCAAAGGUCAUAGGAUGUGUCGUGACCUUGCCGACAAGAACAUAGUGGUGUUUUACCAGGAGGAAGGGGAUCAUUUAGAUGUUGUAGAUGUGCUGAACGGCACUGCUCAUAGUCUUCAACUCCCAUUCAAGCUGGAGACGAUGCACAUGCCUUCCCUUGAUACAUGGCUUCUUACUGAGGCCAAAACCCAGAGAAAGUACAUCCUAAGCAGACCAACCCCAGAUUCUCCAGUCCACCAACUGACCGUCAUAUAUGAAACCCAGCCUUCAAGCGCAGAUGUUUCUGAUUCAGAAAGUGCCAUUGGAAACCAUGCUACUUUAGGAAUUUCUGCACAAGGUCUUACCCCUGCCAACCUAUCGGAGGCGAUCGGGGAAAAAGUUGACGCACCAAACAGAAUUCUUGCAGAUGAAAGCAACUAUGGUGCAGUUGCUGUUGGUUUUCCAGAACUUCAGUCUGCAAUCGACAUUUACACAAUACCUAGAGAUCCCACACCAGUGGAAGAGCGUGGUGACACGCUGCUGGCUUCCAUCACAGGUGGAAGGUCAAAGGUCAGCAUUGAGGGUCAAGCUGGUAUCCUGCCAGAGGUCAGCCAAGUUGCUAGGAUUGUGCCAUCGCAGAGGACCCCAGUGGAGGUUUUUCCAGAAGGUAAAGCCCCAGCUAAUGUAGCUGGUUAUCUGGAGAUUGCUGAUUUAGCCCAACGCAAAGUCAAAUACAUUCCUGUUCCAAGUCCCGCGAUGUCUAUCCAAGGCUACAUGCCGUGGUCCUCCUCCUCAUCUCACAAGGUUGCCAUGGCAACCAGCGGUGGCAGCCAUGUUGUGACCGUCGACUCAGGUGGCAUGGUGAGAGUGUGGGAAACCGGAUUGAACCAGUUGGCCAGGUCGCUGGACGAGUGGUAUCGUCUGAUUGGGAAAGACGAUGGGAGACCUUUACAAAUAACAACCGAGAAAUCAACGAGCCAAGACUUGCAGAACAUCACACCCAAGCACGGCAAAGUGGACCCUGGAAACAAACCCCAUGUAGGAGGUGGCACAUGGGCCGGAGGAGUCGGUGGUGUGGGGACGGCAGGAUUGGGUGGGGCUGGAGGUCCGUACAGGUUGGAUGCUGGUCAUGAUGUCACACAAAUACCACAAAGCCAGAAAGAUAUGGUUCCACCAGAGAUCGCAUUGGCUGCUCGUGAGAUGGCCCAGAAAGCAUUCAAGGAGCGACUCAAGGAGAUUAAGAUGUCGGAGUUCGAUGCGGAGAUGUACGAACGUUUCUCAUCCGGAGUGCGCCGUCAAGUCACGUCUCUAAGAGUUGUGCUCGACAGCUUGCAGGCCAAGGGAAAAGAGAGGCAGUGGAUGAAGCAUCAGACAGCCGGUGACCUUGACGAGGCUAAACUCAUUGAAGGAUUGACUGGAGAAAGGGCCAUCUAUAAACGACGUGGGGAACAAGACCCGGAGCUCGGCAGCCCACAACUGAAACCAAAGAGACUGCGACUGAUAGUUGACGUUAGCGGCAGCAUGUAUCGCUUCAACGGACACGAUGGACGUCUGGAACGCAUCAUGGAGGGCGCCCUCAUGGUCAUGGAAGCAUUUGAAGGAUAUGAACAGAAGUUUGCUUAUGAGAUUUACGGACAUUCUGGAGACGACUUUGAGAUUCCGUUUGUGCUGAACAAGAAACUACCGGCCAAUAACAAGGAGAGACUGGAAGUUCUUAAGACGAUGAACGCCCACGCCCAGUUCUGCAUGAGCGGAGACCACACCCUCGAAGGGACCAAACACGCCAUCGAGAGUAUAGCUAAGGAGGAAGCGGACGAGCGUUUUGUGAUCAUUCUGAGCGACGCCAAUCUUGACCGCUAUGGGAUCAGUCCGAAACUCUUCGGCCAAUCACUGACCGCUGAUGAUGAGGUCAAUGCUUAUGCAUUAUUCAUCGGGUCACUGGGAAACCAGGCUGAUGUACUUGUCCGAAGUCUUCCAGCAGGCAGGGGUUUUGUUUGUCUGGAUACCAAGAAUAUACCUCAGAUACUUCAACAGAUCUUCACAUCCACCAUGCUGUCCACGAGGUGAUAAGAGACUUGGAGCUAGUCUACUGUCCGCACAUCCACCAUGAUGUCCACAAGGUGAUAAGAGACUUGGAGCUAGUCUAACGUCUUCACAUCCACCAUGUUGUCCACAAGGUGAUAAAAGGCUUGGAGCUAGUCUAACGUCUUCACAUCCACCUUGCUGUCCACAAGGUGAUAAGAGACUUGGAGCUAGUCUAAAGUCUUCACAUCCACCUUGCUGUCCACAAGGUGAUAAGAGACUUGGAGCUAGUCUAAUGUCUUCACAUCCGCCUUGCUGUCCACAAGGUGAUAAGAGACUUGGAGCUAGUCUAUCAACAGAAAUUCUUAUCAGCCAUGGCCCUUUUCGAAUCUCGGUCCUCUUGUCUGAAGCCCUGUGUGUGACCUAUGCAAAGCAUGCGCAAUUUGUCAAAACAGCAGCGGGGCCAAGCUAACCUUUGCCAUGCCGAAUCUGGAGUCAAAGCCGUAGUUUCGAAAAGGGCCCAUGUUGCCCACAAGGUGAUAAGAGACCUUAGGCUAGUCUAAUAUCCACAGGUCAAACGGAAUAGUCCAGAUUUGACAUAAUAAUUCUACAAAAGUUGCAUUCAUUUGCAUUAAAUAUUUAAAUUGUUGUCUUAUAUACUAAAUUAUGGAAUUUUUUAAUUAUAAAUUCAUAAAAAAUUAUUAUUUUUUAAUUCAUGUGUGGUACUUUUUACCCCAGUUAUCAAUACCAAAAUAAAUCUAGAACUUCAUUUUGGCUCAUAUUGAAGCUUAAUUAUAAAUUUCCUUCCAUAACCCUCUGAUCAAUACUGCUUAGCAAAAGAGAGCCAGGAUACCAGUUCUAAAUAGAACUUUAUACAGGGUGUUUGGGCUGGUAACCAUUUUCUGGUUACCAUUUCAAAAUUCAAAUUUCAAAUUAUAAACCACAAGGGUAAAUUUCGAUUGAAUUGGGGAAAUGUUAAAAAGACAAAAUUCAAACUCAGACCAGAGACGGUUGCUAUGUACCAUGGUUCAGGGCAGUAGUUAUGUAAGAGACGACAAACGCCCAUACCUUAUUCUUAAUGAAUGGGUAUGGCACCAGGCAUUCCUCAUCUGGAGAUUGCUAUACAAAAUUAAUAGUUGCCCGACCCAUUUGAGAUACCAACUGUUUCUAUGAUUGAUGUAUUCUAAGAAGGAAGGCCAAAUUAAAGGGAAAUGGUCUUUUAUUUUUUUCAAAAGGGCCGCCCGCUCAUUUUUAAAGCCAACCAGCUGGGCUUUUCAAAACCCCUAGUUAUUUUUUCAUUUUUUGCCUAACUUUCAAAUUUUAUAUAAAAAGGCAUCAGCAAUGCCUA